AUGACACCAGGAACUACAGAAGAAAAGGAGAAUACCGUUACAUUAUUUCUUCAAUAUAAAAAAGAAUUUGAGAAAACACGCUUAGAUAUUCAGAAUAGCAAUGGGAGUGGGGGUAAUCCUGGAAAGUAUUGUACCCGUAAAAAUUUUAAUAUUAAUACUGAAAAUGAUCAGAACUUUAUCUCUCCCUGUCAAGAUAUUGGUAGAUAUUUAAUUGAAAUAAAGCAAUGUUAUAAUUCUUAUAGCCCGGAACGUUGUAAAUACUUGAAUUACCGGAUAAAUUCAGAUGAAAAAUAUAAUAAGAAACCUGAAUGGUUUCAGGGAUAUAAUAAAUUUUCAUCCCUGUUAGGUAAUAUAUGUGAGAAUUAUAUAAAAAAUAUUAAACCUGAUAUUUUAUACAAACUUAAAGGAUUAUACGGAUAUUAUGAGAAUUUUAAUGAAUACAAAGGUAAAGACAAGGAUACUAGUGGUAAUAUUUGUAAUGAUAUUAAAAAUCUUUAUAGCUUUUAUAACGAUAAUUACAAAGAAUGUCAGGGAAAUAAUGAAAAUUUAUUUUGUGAGGAGCUAAACAAUUUUAAGAAAGCGUAUGAUGAUAAAAUGAAUAAAUUCACUCCAUGCGAAGGUUUACCACAAACAUUACCACAAGUAGAACAAACUUCAACACAAAUGUUACCACCUACAGAAGAUGUAGAUUACUUAUUUGUUCCCAUUUUAACAACAGCUAUCGUAUUACUAAUGUCAUUCACUAUAUUUUUUUUAUAUAAGUUUACUCCACUGAAAUCUUGUAUAUAUUAUCGUUUACGAAAAAAAAAAAUUAUUGAACUUAACAAAUUUCAAGAAGAAUCGAGAGAAUCCUUACAAAACCUUCAUGAAGAAGUAAAUAGAAAUUAUAAAGGAAGUUCUCAUAAUAUAUCCUAUCAACCUCAAGGAGACACUUGA